UAAUUCAGGUGAAAAGGAAAAUACACAAAUUCGUUUGUCAUCUUAUUCAAGCUCAGUAGGACAUAAGUGGAAGCAACAUCUUAGCUCAUUCAUGAGCUUACCACCGAAUCGAUACUCUAGUGAGCCGACAUACGAUCCCGAGUAUCUACCGGCAAACAAGAAGCAAAGCAGCAUAUCAUACGAAGCAUUGUCCCCUCCUUAUUCGGAUCAACCUGAAUCAAACUCAGAUAAUACUUGUCAUGAACCAACUAAGCGAAUGCGGUUUUAUCGUCGCCUAAAAAGACCAUCUUCUAAACGAUUAUUAAAAGAUAUGUUCUUCUCUACUAAGAAGCAAUGUGAUUACAACAUGAAUCAGGUAACACAACCAAUUGAUUUUUUUUUAUAUGUCUCCUUAAAAAAAUUGUAUCAAUUUAUAGCAUGAUGUUGCUGAGGCGAGAAUGCAGGUGUUUUCUUUCCGUCUUUCUUCCAUGUCUGUCGAACAGUGUCGUUUACAUUUAGUCCCACCUUUUGCCAAGAAAACAAAUAUUCAUUGGGAUGAUCAGGACAUGAGUGGUCCAUUGCCCUGUCAACAAUUAGUGGAUCAUUAUCAAGCAUUUUAUCCUAUGAUGGAUGAUAAUGAGAGACAGCCACAACCAGAAUCGCAUCAAGUAAGUCGAAAAAGACGCUGUCAGCCUAUCAUGGAUCCACAACAGAGGAAAAAUUUACCAUUGCCUCCAUUACCCACCGUCGAGAAUUUCUUGACCAUCAUGGACGAACCGAAUUCGCCAGCCUCGUCUUAUUUUUCUGCUCGAUCACAUUCUUCUGUAUCUUCUAACUCGACGCUUAAUUCAUUGCUUUUGGACGACAUAACAGACCAACUUGCUAAAACACAUUUGAUAGAACCUACUUUUUUAUUCGAAAACAAUGCUAUACUCGACAAAGAACAGACAGCAGAUUGCUUAUUGUCACUACCACCCCCUGUUCCCCCAAAAGAUGCUCAUCUAGCUAAAAGAAAAGAAACAAAGGCCAUAAUGCAGUCAAUAUCACAUUAUCCACACGAAACAUCAAGUCAUAAAAAGAGAAGGGUCACAGAAACAACGACCAAUAGUGGCUUCUUUCAUAAACAAAGUAAACAAAGGCCUCCUAUACCUCCUCGAAGAAGCAGUAUGCCUUUACCCUUACCGCCUAAAGAGACAGAGAUACCUAGCAUGCCACUCAACGCAAAGAAAAAUGCACAAUAUUAUCGUCAAAAACCUUCUAAACCUGUAUUUUUAGAUGAAAGGUAAGUUUCCAGCAUGUGUGUGUGUGUUUUUUUUUAUCGUUGACUUGUGUUUGUGCAGUUCAUGGAGUCAUUUCUUGGGUAUUCAAAGAAAGGAGCAUAAUGAGGUAUGGAUUGCUAAUA